CUAGUGAAAAUAAGGCUGGGGGGAGAGGAGGUACAAUUUUUAGUCGAUACUGGUGCAACUUAUUCUGUGUUAAAUGACCUGUAUGGGAAAAUAGGGGAUAAGACUACCACAAUAAUAGGGGCCACAGGGAGAGAGGAGGUGCGGUCAUUCAUGCGACCCCUGGAAUUACGGUUUGGGGGAAAGGAAUUGAUACAUGAGUUUCUAUACAUGCCGGACUGUCCUGUUUCCCUGUUGGGACGAGAUUUAUUAUCAAAAUUAAACGCUAAAAUUAUUUUUGAAAAUGGGGAAUUGAUUAUGCAGGUACCGGAAUCACAAUCUGGACAGAUACUAGUGUUAAAGAACAGUCCAAAUGCCCGGAUACCUAGGAAAGUAGAGGAAGCAGUGAUUCCCACAGUUUGGGAAACAGAAAUUCCGGGAAAAUCAAAGGUGGCUCAGCCGGUAGUAGUGGAAUUGAAAGAAGGGGUGAGACCAGUACGGAUAAAACAAUAUCCCAUAAAAUUGGAGGCACGAUAUGGGAUAGUUAAAACGAUUGAGAAAUUUUUAAAGUUUGGAAUUUUAGAAGAAUGUGAAUCAGAAUAUAACACACCAAUUUUUCCAGUAAAGAAACCGAAUGGUGAAUACAGGUUAGUACAGGACCUAAGGGCAAUAAAUGAAAUAACAAAGGAUAUCUAUCCGGUAGUGGCUAAUCCAUAUACAUUGUUGACAUCUGUAAAGGAGAAAUAUAAAUGGUUCACAGUAAUUGAUUUAAAAGAUGCUUUCUUCUGCAUCCCCCUUGACAAAGGUAGUAGGAAACUCUUUGCCUUUGAAUGGGAAAACCCGCACAAUGGACGUAAGACUCAGUUAACCUGGACGAGACUCCCACAAGGAUUCAAGAAUAGCCCGACGGAAGCUUUUAAGAAGCUAAAAGAAGCGUUAAUAAAAGCACCCGCCCUGGGAUUACCGGAUUUAACCAAGGACUUCCAGCUAUUUGUGCACGAGAGACAGAGAUUGGCAUUGGGAGUUCUGUCGCAGAGACUGGGAAGCUGGAAGCGACCAGUGGGAUACUUCUCCAAACAGCUGGAUCCGGUAAGUGCUGGAUGGCCAUCGUGCCUACGAGCAGUAGCAGCAACAGUGACAUUAAUACAAGAAGUAAGAAAAUUGACCUUAGGAAAACAUAUUGAUGUAUAUGUGCCACACAUGGUAAUGACUGUCUUAGAACAAAAAGGGGGGUACUGGCUAUCCCCAAGUCGGAUGAUGAAAUACCAGGCAGUAUUAACUGAACAAGAUGAUGUGACUCUAAAGACGACUAACUUGUUGAAUCCAGCAGCUUUUCUAGGUACAAACACAGAGGACGGCAUAUUAGAACACGAUUGUGUGGAGACGAUUGAAUAUACAUAUGCGACGAGGGCCGAUUUGAAGGAUGCCCCACUUGAGCAACCUGAUCAGGAACUUUUUACUGAUGGAAGCAGUUUUGUGGAAGGUGGGGUCCGUUAUGCUGGGUAUGCAGUAACUACACAAAACGCCCUAAUAGAAGCAAAAGCUCUGCCCCCAGGGACUUCAGCACAACGGGCAGAGAUAAUAGCUCUCACCAGAGCUUUAGAACUGAGCAAAGGAAAGCGGGUAAAUAUAUGGACCGAUUCGAAAUAUGCAUUCGGUGUGGUCCAUAUACAUGGAGCUCUAUGGAAGGAACGAGGGCUCCUGUCCUCACAAGGGACAAAUAUAAAAUACCAAAGGGAAGUUCUGAAUUUAAUAACUGCUGUGCAAUUACCAGAACAGGUGGCUAUCAUGCACUGUAAAGCGCAUCAAGGAGGAAGUUCUAAGAUAGCCGAAGGAAAUACAUUUGCGGAUCGGAUGGCUAGACGAAUUGCACGACAGGUACGGACAGUUAUGGCUCUGAUACCAACGAAGGUAAGCCCAUUACAGAAUUAUAUGAACCAAAAACCAAGAUAUUCAGAAGAAGAUGUUAAAUUGGCUGAAUUAGUAAAGGCUCGAUUGAACUCGGAAGGAUGGUACAUAACCACUACUGGACAAGUGGUGGUACCACCUGCCAUCAUGCGGACAAUUUUACAAACCGAACAUCAAAAAUGUCAUUGGGGGGCAGAGGCAUUGGUAACAUAUUUAAAACUCAAGAGGAAAGUAGAAAUGGGACACAUCAGGGUAGGUAUGGAGCCGGGUGACUAUUGGCAAAUUGAUUUUGUGGAAUUACCCAAGACACAGGGAUACCGAUACUUGUUAGUAGGGGUUGACACUUUUUCUGGAUGGCCAGAAGCCUCUCCCUGUCGCACCAAUCAGGCUAAGGAAACAGUGAAAUGGUUAUUGAAAGAGAUCAUCCCUAGAUUCGGAGUCCCGUUGGGUAUAUCAUCAGAUAGAGGACCGCAUUUUACAUCAACUAUAGUUCAGGAAGUCAGUAAACUGUUAGGAAUAUCCUGGAAUCUUCAUACCCCAUGGAGGCCACAGUCCAGUGGACAGGUGGAAAAGAUGAAUCAAACAAUUAAAAGACAGAUAAGCAAAAUAUGCCAGGAGGCUAAAAUAAAAUGGCCACAGGCAUUACCAAUAGUCCUUUUAAGGAUCAGAAUUAAACCUAGAAGUGGAAUGAUGGUAAGCCCAUAUGAGAUCCUGUUUGGAAAGCCAUAUGAGGCUCCCCAGCCAAACCCACAUGUACAUAUCAAAGGAACUCAGGAUGUACAUAAUUACGUGUUAUCUCUCAGUAGAACUUUGAUCCGGUUGCGUAGUGCCCUGAUCUGGAACCGACCGCUCUCGUUGGAGACUCCAGUACACGAGAUCGAGCCAGGAGACCAAGUCUACGUUCGUGAUUGGAGCGAGGAACCACUUAAGGAACGGUGGAAUGGACCGUACCUGGUGCUGUUAACUACCUUCACCGCUGUAAAAGUGGAAGGAAUUAACUCCUGGAUUCACUACACUAGAGUGAAGAAAGUCCCGAAACAUUGGGAAUCAGAAGCCUUAGGACCUACGAAGCUGAGACUGAAAUGCAGAUAA